AUGGACAAACUCAUAAUUUUGAGCGUGUUAUUGGUUUUCUUCGUCUCUACUGUUUUAGGACUCGAAUGUUAUGUGUGCGAAAACCAAGAAGAUAAUAAUGAAAAGUGCGUGAAAACAAUCAAGAACUGCGAUUAUAAUCAAGAUGUUUGUUUGACUGAGAUCAAGUGGGGUAGCACUCCUUAUUGGUCGCAAGGAGCUAAGAAACAGUAUUACAUAUCUAAACGGUGUUCAAAUAAGACCGAAUGUGCAACAACAAGACGCCGUUAUAUGCCGCUUUGUACCCAUAUUUGGUACCAAGAUUGGGUGUGCUCAGACUGUUGUCUUGGAGACCGCUGUAACUAUUAUAUUAUUAGUGGAAGUGCAACUUUAAAACCUGUAUUAAUUACCCUUUUUGGAGUACUCCUGCUAAGAUUGGUGUUAUAA